GCCUUCUGCUGCACGUCUACCAAACUCCUACCAGAGAACCAGUGCUCUUUGGACAACCUGACUCUGAGACUCCAGAAAGAUGUCUUACCAACAGCAGCAGUGCAAGCAGCCCUGCCAGCCUCCUCCUGUGUGCCCACCUCCAAAGUCCCAGCAGAAGUGCCCUCCCGUGCAAACUCCUCCACCAAGCCAGCCUAAAUGCCCUCCCGUGCAGCCUCCCCCACCAAGCCAGCCUAAAUGCCCUCCCGUGCAGCCUCCCCCACCAAGCCAGCCUAAAUGCCCUCCUGUGCAGCCUCCCCCACCAAGCCAGCAGAAGUGCCCUCCUGUGCAAACUCCUCCUCCAAGCCAGCAGAAGUGCCCACCCAAGAGCAAGUAGCAGCUUCAGAAUUCUUCAGGACCAUGGAAACGUGACAGCUCUCCGGUCUCCCAGCAAUACUUCUGUCUCCUCUUUAUACCUACCACGAAUGCAGAAGGAACUCCUCCACUCUUUAGCCUGAAAUGUACCUGUGAUGAUUCCCGACCGCCAAAGGUGGCCUUGCUGAGGGUGCUCUGCUAUUAUGCAGAAGGCGGCCGAGCAGGGCAGUCCUCAGCUGUGCCAGCAUGCCAGAGUUUCAGAAGGCGGCGCUUCUCCUCCCAUGGGAUGGCAUCAGAGGGUCCGCUUCUCCUCUUCUGUGUCUGUUUGCCACCUGAGCAGGGAUUUUCACCUCAGGGUGAUUGUAACUCUCCUUUCUCUUCCUGAAUAAAGUACAU